AUGUCUAAUGUCACAUUGCGGAACAAAAGUGAGAGAUUCUCCCGAUCUGAGUACGUACCUGCAGGAUGCCAUUGCAAGACCCUGCAAAUAUGUACUCAGAUCGGAAACUAUGUUCCCAAUGUCACAUUGCGGAACAAAAGUGAGAGAUUCUCCCGAUCUGAGUACGUACCUGCAGGAUGCCAUUGCAAGACCCUGCAAAUAUGUACUCAGAUCGGAAACUAUGUUCCCAAUGUCACAUUGCGGAACAAAAGUGAGAGAUUCUCCCGAUCUGAGUACGUACUUGCAGAAACAUAG